AUCGACGACCUAGUUCGUCUUGAGUCGUCAUUUCCUGUGUUUAUUUUGACCUCACGCACAGGUGAGGCACGUUUUAACAGACCACUUUUCCCCAAGAAGCGCACAUUUGUUAAUUGCUCAGAGAGGGAUAGGUUUUGUCUGGUGUUACGGUUUAACUAGUGACCAUGAGAUCUGGUGACCUUCUACUGUGUUUGCAGCUGCCUUUUGAAAAGUGACCUCGCUGACGAACAGUGCGCGGACGCCGGUCUUGUUGUAACUACGACGACCGCAGACGCAUUCGGCGAAAAGUCUCCAGAUAACACGGUCACGUCUUAAGCCGUAACACCAGGACUGCUGUUUUCUUGUAUUUCACGGUUGUAGGCACACUGCAAGAGUCGAAACAAAGUAAAAAAAAAGACGCUCGGUCGUUAACUUCCUGUAAGUUAGAAGCUUUCUACGCUGGGAUAGGUGAUGAAAGAGACCCAUGACAACACCUGAGGUGCUUCGUUUUUAAAAAGCUACAGCUGAAGCGUGGAUGCUGAGUCCACAAGAGAGGCGGUGCGGCAAAGCAGCUUUGGAAGAAGAAGAGGAGGAGAGCGCUGUUGCUUCGUCACAAAGUCAGCAGCCUGUCGAGCACAGGCACUCUCAGUCAGUCGGUCAGUCAGCCAGCCUGUGUAUUGUUGUGAGACUGGAGAGCCGGACUGCAUUCAGCAGAAGUCGGUAGAAGUCCCAUUAUAACACAUAAAGUUAUCUGCGAAGUUUUUCUGGAUUUUUUGAUUUAUAUGAGAGGAGUUGGAUUAAGGAGGUGAAGCUGCGAGCGUCCGUGCCUGGGAAUGGAGAAGCACAAAGACGGAAGAAAUGGAGUUACAGACAAAGACUCUUCAUGGAUUCUGCAGACUCUGUGCAAACCACUGGACAACCUCAAGCUCCUCCUAUUGCUGGACCGGCUCCUGAUGGAGCUCCACCGCUUCCUGCUCAUCCUGGACAAGGAGACGCUGAGUGGAAACGCGACUGUCCAGAAGGGCCUGCUCUCCGAUCUUUUCCAGUCCUACAGAAUUGCCACUGGUGCUGAUGAGGAGUACAUCUACAUGAACAGAGUUCAAGAAAGUGGAAAAAACAAAGACAAUAAAGAUGACAGAUCAGAGACCCUGGUCAAUGGCAAAGCAGCAAAAUGCGACCCCAACCCACUGAGGAUCUUUCCUGAACCACCACCUCCAAGAUCAGGUCGGGAGCCGUUCCCCUUACCUCCAGUUCCUGUUCCAUCUGCAGAAAAUACAGAGAGUUACUACGAGGAGGCUCAGCCCUACGAGGAAACCUUCAAUGAUCUGGACUCUUUGGGCCUCCUCUCAGGGCCCUGGAUGCGAGUACAGAGCUCUGACAGUGUGGUCUAUGCCGUUAUCAAUAGGGAUGACGGAGAGGCAGUAAGCAGUUCAUAUGAGUCAUAUGAUGAAGAAGAAGUGACCAGAGGGAAGUCGCCAUCAGCUCAGCACCAGUGGCCGUCAGCUGAGGCAUCCAUUGAGCUCAUGAAGGAUGCUCGGAUCUGUGCUUUCCUGUGGAGGAAGAAAUGGUUGGGGCAGUGGGCCAAACAGCUCUGUGUUAUCAAAGAUCAUCGCCUGCUGUGCUAUAAGAGCUCUAAGGAGCAGACACCUCUGCUGGAUGUGAGUCUGUUGGGCUGUACUGUGGUCUACAAAGAGAAGCAGCUAAAGAGAAAAGAGCACAAACUGAAGAUCAUUCCUGUGGGAGGGGAGGCCAUCGUGCUGGGUCUUCAGAGCAAGGAGCAGACAGAGCUUUGGCUCAGAGUGAUUCAUGAGAUCAGUCCAAAACCAGCUGAAAACUGUGAACCCCACUCAGUGUCAGACUCCCCAAGGCUCAUUUGUACAAAGGGAGAUUUGAGCGAGAGAUACUCAGUAGCUUCAGAAAGUGGCAGCAGCACUGACAGCCAUGCCGAAACUCCUGAAAUCAAAGAUGUGAAGAAAAAAUAUAGCGCAGGCCUGAAAUUCAGCAACCUCAUGAAUAUUGGCAAGAAAAAAACAUCAUUGUUAGAGAGCCCGGAGAAAUGUGUAAACACCUCAGGCUACCUCAAUGUGUUGGUGAACAGUCAGUGGCGGACCUGCUGGUGUCUGAUCAAGAACGGCCAGCUGUGGUUUUAUCAGGACAAGGGCAAGAACAAAGUGAGCCAACCAGCUGUGACCCUGGGGGGCUGCAGUGUUUUGCCUGACCCGACCCCAGAGCAUCUGUACUCCUUUAGGAUCGAUAUGGACGGCACACAGCUGGCAACCCUGGAGGCGAAGACGUCGGCAGACAUGGGACACUGGCUGGGCCUUCUGCUGUCACAGACAGGGAUGAAGACGGACCCAGAGGAGCUGACAUAUGACUAUGUUAACGCUGAGAGGAUCUCCAGCAUCGUAAAUGCCGCCAAGACUUCCUUAUAUUUGAUGCAGAGGAGGUAUUCAGAGCCAAACACCUACAUCGACACCCCUCCCUCCAUCUCUCAGAAUUCUGAUGAACUGUAUGAUGACGUGGCAUCAAUAGCAGAUCCAGAGGAUGCUGAAGAGAGCGUCCUGCCUGACAGCGAGGACAACAACCUCCAGCAACAGAAUGAAACCUGCUCACAGGAGAACAAGGACUCAGAGCAGGACAGUGAAAACAGGAUUUACUUGGACCUGGUGCCUGUGCGCUCCUUCCUCCACACGUCCUGUGCCAAUAAGCCUGUCCCUGCCAAAGAAACUUCUGCACAAUCUCCGGUCACUGUGGAAGAACAAAAGGAGCAAUCAUCUCAGCACAAAGAGGUAACUUCGACUGAGCCUGUGUUAAAUGGAACAAGUUCUGCGACAAGCAAGCCAGAACAGGAGUGCCCCUCAACUCCAAAUACCCCACAGCAACAAACUCAGCCUGUCAAACCCUUGUCCCAGAACCAGGAGACCCCAAAGAGGACGCUGGAGAUCCCACAGGUCUUCAGCUCCUCCUCUUCCACCUCCUCAGGGGUACAGACCAAUAACAAAGGUCUAGGGAUGCAGAACACCACCGGGCUCCCUCACAGUCCUCAACCUCUGCGGCCCAAAUCACAUACCAUAGGAUGUCCUGGGGCAGUUGAGGUCAAACUUGGCAAGAACCGCACAGAGGCCGACAUGCGCCGCUACAUCGACGAUCGAGAUCGCCUGGAGAAAGAACGGGAGGAAGUGAAGAGCAGUCUGGCCAACUUGAAGAAGCAGAGAAGAGAAACCAAAGAGGAGCUCGGCGCCUGCCAAGAUCCUAAGCAGCAGGCCUCAUUAGAAGCCUGUCUGAAACAGAAGGAGGAGGCGUGCCGGGAAGCAGAGCGGCGUCGAGUAGAAGUAGAGCUGCAAUUGGUAGAAGUGAAGGAGUGUUUGAAGAAGGUUGAGUCAGGGCCGUUCACACUGGGAACAACGCUGGACAGCAGCCUCCAGGACACGCCCACACAUAAGACAGCAAGCCUGUCAACUCAUCAAACAUCAUCAUCGCCAUCAUCCCAGCCCUCCAACAGUAACGUCAGCACAGACCCCAGCUCCCCUGUCAACUCUGCCUCUGCGCUCAAGAACAGACCUGCUUCCAUCAUGGCCACCAAGGGCAAAGUCCUGCAGAAAGCCAAGGAAUGGGAGAAGAAAUCAACCACCUAAAGGAAACCCCAAUGCCUUUUGACCCCUCAUAUCCAUGUUUCCCUUGGUCUGGCCAACUUUCAACAAUGUGCUAUACCAAGGACCAGUCAGUUAAUAAAAAUCCUCAGACUUUCAUCAGGAUCCUUCAUCACCACCGCCUCCUUGACUACAAAGAGCCAAUCAGGGAGAUACACAAACCGUCUUCUCUUAUACCACUGGAUCAUCUUUGUUUUAAGGACUUUUGAAGUUGUUUUCAUCCUUUGCUCAUAAAAGAAUGAUGAUGAGGUGAAGUAGCGUUUUGGCUAGUCUGACAACUCUUCCUGAUAAUGAAGCACAAAUGAUAAAAACACAGCCAAAACAUUUGAUACCACUGAAGUUUAAGACGGAACAAAAACAGCCCUCGACAAAAUUUUGUACACCAUAGAUUGUAGCUUGGUUCAUAUAUGCUGGUAGCCAAGAUGUACAUAUAUUUACACCAUUAUUCAGCCUUUUGGCUUGUAUUGCUAGCUAAAAAUGCACUUUGUAUUUCAAAUAAAAAUGUACUG